AUGUCAGAUGAUGAUGGUCUUGGGGAUGGGAUAGGAGAUUUGUUUGAAGGAUUCAAUGCUGUACUAGAAGAUCUCCCAGAGUCCAGCGGGGUGAAGCAGAUUGCGCUAGGGGAGGGUAAACGUCCCGGCCUCUAUGCAUAUCCAAGUGGGAGAUGGGAAAUCAGAUUACCUGCUCAUUUGUCUGAAGCCCUUCCACAUUCAAGAUUACAUAAACUGCCUAAAGAAGAGACGGAUAAAAAUGCCUGGUUGGCCCAAGUUGCUGCCGAUAGUGACACAUGGCUAUUCUCUGUUACCUUUUAUCUUUGUUCCAUUUAUGGAUGGCAAGCGAAGUCUAGCAGCAGACUGACCAAGGUCACUGGUGAUAUUGGAUACAAACCAAUCAAGGACUUGAAGCGCAAGCAGGAAGGAAAGAAGGCAAUUACCAAACAAGUACUCCCCGUGAAAACAAGAUCAAAGGCUCUUGGAAUUCAAACAAGAGCACAAACUAGAAAAUCUUCAAUAAAGAUAACAUCUUAG